AUGGCGAGCCUGCCAAGGUUAAUAGGUGGGUUUCAGGCUGGUAUUGCUGAUGCAGACUCCAAGAUGGCCCGCUGGGCUGGCGUACAGGAGCAGCGAGCGGGAGCAGGUGUGCUGGCAGCGUUAUCUUCUCUGGCUGCUCUUUGGAUCGCCUGGAAAUUCUUGCUGAGGUGCCGCCUCGCCCUCAAGCUGCGACGCAUGUCCCGCACGGUCCCAUCCCUCAGGGGGACUUUGCCGGUGCUUGGCCCUGCCCUCAAGCUAGCCGAGGGGGCCCCGUGGGACACGAUGACACGGUGGGCGCAGGAGUACGGCAGCAUCUACAAGUUCUCGCUGUUCGGCAACGUCAACGUCGUGUUGUCGGACCCGUCCUUCAUGAAGGAGGUCAUGCGCACCAAGAUAUCCAAGUACCACAAAGAUGUCGACUUCGCCUACCGCCCAUUCCUUUCCCUUCUCGGGACCGGCAUCGUCACGUCAGAUGGACCCAAGUGGCGCAAGCAGCGCAAUAAGGUGAUCGGACGGAGGACUCUCAUGUACUAUUCAUAACUCUGUGACUGGUGGAACAAAGAAGGAAAUCUAACCACGGGAAAGGUCCCGAGGUUUUUUUUUGCUACAGACGUGCCAGCCAACACCACCGCUCUUGGGCUUUCUAUUCCGUGCGUCGGGUACUUGCUUUUCGACCGCGGCCUGGUUUGAACCUUCGUUGUUAAUCGGCAGCAGCACUUGGAGCCACUGCACACGUACCACUCUCUUUGAAAGCGUACCGUUUGCCGACCAUUCGGGAGUAACCGUGAAAUAUCCCAAUGGUCUCUAUACAGAGAGCGGUAUGAGAUACGGGUAGUUCUUGGGUGCUUUCACAAGGAAUGAGGUUCAACCUGCUACCCACACGAUCGUCGUACCGUUGAAUAUCGUCCUCGUGACCUUGGCGUUCAAGCCCUGCCGAGACUCGAGUAUUUUUGUUUCGCUUUCAAAGGCGGUUAAGAUUCAACUUGCUACCAAAACUUGUCCUAUCUUUGGAUGUCGUCCACGAGACGUGUGCACUCAAUCCCUGCAGAGAUGCUGCAUGAGUAGUUCUCAAGGUGCGCUUUCAAGGGGUGGGGUUCGCUGCUACCACAUGUUUGUGCUACCUUUGGAUCUCGUCCUCACUACCGUUGCACUCAAAUCUCUGUAGAGAUUCGAGUAGUUUUUCGUCACUUCAAUGAUCAAACCUGCUACCCACAUUUUUGUCCUAUCUUUGGAUGUCGUCCCCGUGACCUUUUUCACUCGAUCCAUGCCGCCCAGGUUUCCGCGGCGUUUCG